AUGAACGAUUUGAUCCUGACCGCCCAGUCCAUAGGAGAAGGCUCUAUCCUGAGACCAGUGAUAAACCAGAAUGGCCUUUCAGCUGAUUCCCGGCUGAAGCCAAAUUGGUCCUGACACGAUAAGAAGCGAGACAGUGCCUGGUUGGUGGAGAGCGCAGACAAGCCACGCCUUUUUGAGUCCAAAGCUUGCCGUGAAUGGGCUUCAGUAAAAUAUCAUUCUUUGUAUAGGGAUUUAAAGCCGUAAUUUUAUACUAAAAACAUUUCUUGAACCCCUUGAUUGGGUCCGGAAUCGAUCUUGUAACCCUACAGACCGUAGAGAGGCACUCAACCUGAUGCGCUAUUGUUCACGGCUUAAUCAAUAUUCAAUAUUGAAAAAAUCACUAUCAACGAAUAUUUUCAAGGUAGAACACGUUUUACGGGAUUGUCUCCUGGCUGGAAUCGCUUUUCAUCAUUCCGGCCUGACUCACGAUGAACGGAAACAUAUCGAAGCGGCUUUCAAAGCACGUUUUUCAGAUUUUCAUCCAAACUCGAUUUUCUCAGUUCAGGAAGGCCUUCUCUACGUGAUUUGCGCCACUUCGACUCUGGCGGCUGGGGUUAAUUUGCCGGUUCGAAGGGUUAUUAUCAAGGUUUUUGCAACCGACCUUGAAACGAGUUGCGAAGGAAUGGGUCUUAAUGCUAACGAUAGGCUUCGAAAAUCGACGACAGGAAAAUUUAGGCCUUUUUUAAUAAUUCCGCUUUGAAAUUAUGACUCAGUUCCAUGGUCGCACUUGGAAUGGCUCAAAGCUUCUACAGUAUUCCUUUUGGUCGCGGUUUCUAUGAUUUUUAUCACUGUUAUAAGCUGAUAAAGUGACGUCACGAGUCAGUUUUAUCAAAAUUGUAUUUUCCGACGCGUUCUUAGGCACCUUAUUCAGAAAUUUACGACCUUAAAUCUGUAAUUAAGCUUAUUGUGAUCGUAAGAGUGACGUCAGUAGAAAAAUUUUUCAAUUUCACCGUAAGAAGCUUAAAAUGUGACGUUAGGAGAAUUUAGACGUUUUUGAAUGAUUUCUGUCCCAAACCAUGACUCAGUUCCAUGGUCGCACUUGGAAUGGCUCAUAGCCCCUACAGUAAACCUAUUGGUCGCAUUUUCUUUGGUUUUUCAUGUUUAUCACUGUUAUAAGCUAAUAAAGUGACGUCACGAGUCAAUUUUACCAAAUUUUUGACGUGUUCUUGGGUGCCUUAUUCAGAGAUUCACGCUGCUCCUAAAUCUUAAUUUAAGAUUUUGAUGAUCAUUCAUCUAAUCAUUGUACCUUUUGUAGGCGCCUUGGGUCGGAAAGGCAAGACUGGGCAAAGCACAGUACCUUCAGAUGGCCGGAAGAGCCGGCCGGGCCGGUUUCGACGCCAAAGGCGAUUGUAUCACCAUUGUCAGGGCCGGAGAGGAGGAACGAUGGGUCAGUUUGGCCUCUUAAGGGGUCACUUUGUCGAAAAUGGAUGAUUGUGCCGCAAAAUCGAGACGACAUUGACAUUGGAAGGGGUAUAAAAUUGCGGGGUGAAACAGAGAAGUUUGCUAGAUAUUUUUGAGACGAGCACCCCCAAAUCAAAAAAAGGCUCUUCAAGACUUGAAAGUUUUCAUAUAGUCUGGAAACGGGAUUUUCAUCGUGGAACGGUCGGGGCAUUAUUAGUGACCACUUUAGUAGCGUCUUUAGUAGUCUCUUUAGUGAUCCCUAGAAUCUCACAGUAACGUCCGAAGCAUUUUCAGUGACCACUUUAGUAGCGUCAGUAGUCUUAAGAGAUCCCUAGAACCUCCCAGUAACGUCCGAAGCAUUUCUAGUGAUCACUUUAGUAGCGUCAGUAGUCUUAAGUGAUCUCUAGAAUCUCCAAGUAACGUCCGAAGCAUUUCUAGUGACCACUUCAGUAGCGUCAGUACUCUUAAGUGAUCUCUAGAAUCUCCCAGUAACGUCCGGAGCACGUCGGUUUCGCGUUUUGCUGCUCCGAAAAUUAUGUUUUUAAGUUUUCAAGAUAAAAAUUUGGGACAAUUACCUAUGCCUGUUUCAUAAUGGAUCGAUAUUUCCAGUUCCGCGAGAUGCUCCACUCUUCCGUUCCCGAGUGCAAA